ACAACACCUGCUACCACCCAUACAGAUUCAAAUUCCUUUCCAUUUGCUUUUCAAGCCCUCCCACGAGGAAGGAUAGCCACUAAACCAUGGCUGUUGUGGAGAUUGUAUCUGACUCAAGCAACUACCUACUGCUCAUUGUCGCGUUCUUCAUAUACUUCUCAUGGCAUGCGGUAAAAUUCUGGAACAACAAACACCUCGACAACCGGGAACCACCACCGAUUCCUUAUUGGGUGCCAGGUAUCGGCCACACUCUAUCUUUUCUAUCAGAUGCCGAUAAGAUGAUCGAUCAUGCAUUGGCAUACCUCAAAACAAAAAGAAGUCCCUUUAAACUUCACGUUGGUGGUAAAUCGCUCUACGUGGUCCAAGAUGUACCAUUGAUAUCAGAUGUCCACAAGCGAGUCAAAGAAUUAAGCAACGACAUUUUCAUUGAGCUGUUGUUGACAGCGGCUGGUGUCUCGGACUCAACGAGGACUCGCCUAUGGUCUUCGAUAUCUCCUGAGAUUAAGGACUCAAUCCUUCGAGCACUUACAAACAACUUCCAAACAGCUCUUCGUGCACACUAUCGGAGAAACUCGAUAACGUUAGGGUUGCUUUCACAAAUCCAGCUAGCUCCAUCAUCUUUGCCCCUUUAUCAUCCCCUGAGAAUAUCCAUUGACGGACCGGCAGAGGUCUCAUUGCACAAUUGGGUUGUGGAUGCACUGGUCACAAUAACCACUGAUUCACUUUUCGGGAAAGUGUGUAUAGCCAGAUUCCCACAGCUGAAAGACAAUUUGUAUCUUCUCCAUAUGAAUAUACCUGAUAUAUUCUCGUCUCGUCCUCGAAGGAUCUUUCCAAAGGCUUAUGCAGCUACUGAUAAUCUGGUGCGGGAUUUCGAAGAAUAUUUCGACCUACCAAAAGAAGAAAGGAUGGAUCGCGCAGAAAUCGUGACUAUGAUUGAGGACAAGCUUUCCUCCGCUGGACUUUCUAAUAAAGAGUUGGCCAUGCUGUUUAUUUGGGCUUUCUGGGGGAUGCUCGGUAACUCGUCAACCACUGUGUUCUGGCUCUUGUGCCAUACUCUUUAUGACCCUACAUUGUUUUCCGCAGUUCGGGCCGAAUGUGACAGGGCAUUCCCGGAGACUAGCGACAUGCCCCCACACGAAAUCCCAGCACGGCUAGAGAGCUGUCCAACCCUAAAGGCGGCCUUUCAGGAGACGCUGCGUCUCUAUGCCGGAAUGUCCAUUUUCCGCCAUGUUUAUGAAGAUACAGAAAUUGGCCCAUAUCACCUAAGAAAAGGCUCCAAUCUCAUGAUACCCUAUAACCGUCUUCACGUGGAUAAAUCUUAUUGGGGUCCCGAUGCGGAGGAAUUUAAAUAUCGGCGUUUCCUUGACAAUCCCGAAUUGGCAAACUCUAGAUAUUUCAGACCAUUUGGGGAGGGCACUCAUCAAUGCGGGGGCAGGAUGGUGACACCUAUAAUGGCGAUGUACUUUGUUGCUACUGUUGUUUGUCGGUAUGAUGUUGCGAUAGUGGGUGGGGUUGAAAAGUAUCCGCUCCCCCGGGUCGAGACUGCGAGAAGAAUGGCGACCGUGACUACAAAGGUACCAGUGGCUGGUGAUGUGCCUCGGAUUACGAUUAGUCCGCGAGUGAAGGUUUAACCGGG